AAAAUCUUCUGAUCUAUUCCGAAGUUAACCACGACUGUCAAAAUGUUUUGUGGAGACUAUGUGCAAGGAACCAUCUUCCCAGCUCCCAAUUUCAAUCCCAUAAUGGAUGCCCAAAUGCUAGGGGGAGCACUCCAAGGAUUUGGCUGUGACAAAGACAUGCUCAUCGACAUUCUAACUCAACGCUGUAACACACAAAGGCUGAUGAUUGCAGAGGCAUACCAGAGCAUGUACGGCCGGGACCUGAUUGGUGACCUGAAGGAGAAGCUUUCAGAUCACUUCAAAGAUGUCAUGGUUGGCCUCAUGUACCCACCGCCAUCUUAUGAUGCUCAUGAACUCUGGCAUGCCAUGAAGGGUGCAGGCACUGAAGAGAAUUGCCUCAUUGAUAUAUUUGCUUCAAGAACAAAUGCAGAAAUUUUCCAGAUGCGAGAAGCCUACUGUUUGCAAUACAGCAGCAACCUUCAAGAGGACAUUUAUUCAGAGACCUCAGGACACUUCAGAGAUACUCUCAUGAACUUGGCCCAGGGAAUCAGAGAAGAAGGAUAUACAGACCCUGCUAUGGCUGCCCAGGAUGCAAUGGUCCUGUGGGAAGCCUGUCAGCGAAAGACAGGGGAACACAAAACUAUGCUGCAAAUGAUUCUAUGCAACAAGAGCUAUGAACAGCUGUGGCUGGUUUUCCAGGAAUUUCAAAAUAUUUCUGGGCAAGACAUAGUAGAUGCUAUUAAUGAAUGUUAUGAUGGAUAUUUCCAAGAGCUGCUCGUUGCAAUUGUUCUCUGUGUUCGAGACAAACCAGCUUAUUUUGCUUAUAGACUAUAUAGUUCAAUCCAUGAUUUUGGUUUCCAUAAUAAAACUGUAAUCAGGAUUCUAAUUGCCAGAAGUGAAAUAGACCUGAUGACCAUAAGGAAAAGAUACAAAGAGAGAUACGGAAAAUCCCUAUUUCAUGAUAUCAAAAAUUUUGCUUCAGGGCAUUAUGAGAAAGCUCUGCUUGCCAUCUGUGCUGGUGAUGCCGAAGACUACUAA